ACAUAAGAGUAGUCCUAUCAAGAUUGCGGGGUAACAUCACACGAUUUUCAUGCAGGAGGUCUGAUCACUGCAAUACGAGACAUACAUCUCGAUGUCUUGGCUGUCCAGAGUCAUUGAUUGAGUUACAAAAACACAUGAUAAGAUAGGGUUAUAUCACGAAGUCUAUCGGUCAGAGAGGUCAGAAACGUGGACUGAUGUAGUCGUGAGAUAAUGUGAACAUCAUCCGUUUGGAAAAGAUGUGCCAUCUACUUCCCCUGUAGAGAAGUGCUCCGCAUUAUAGGAAGUUACUGUCCGUCGUACCAAGGUAAGGGUACGCGGCUUGUGGCCAGGAAUGACGUGGGCGUAGCAUAUCCCGUCUCAACAAGCAACUUCCCACCAUUGUGUCAGUUCCUCAAAGCGAGAACCAAGCCAAUGAUACUGAUAACCGACUACUGUGAGUUUACAGAGUAGUGAUGGACAAUGGCCACCGCGUACGAGUACCCCUGUGAGACGUUGUCGAAUCCACUCGGCGCAGAAUGCAAUUAACUUCUUUCAGUAGGAAUUAUGCUUCACACAGGUUCCCACUGGCAAGCCGAUGGACCGUGAUUUUUACUUCAGUAGGCAUGGGAAAUCGAUAAUCACGUUUUCCAGACCGCUAUGGAAUGCGGAUCUCCCAGUAGUUCGAGGUCGGUUUGGUCAAGCCUCACUUACCCGGGAGAUGGCAUGCUUUCUGUGGCUUGGUCAUGGACUAGGUUCCACCGUCCUCCUCGGACAAACACUCUCAAUCAUGCUGCUACUCCGUACUAUUAUCUUGUCGUUCAACCUUGAGCAUGAAUAUCGCGGCGCUAAAUACGGGGUACGAACUGUAGAUCAAGACAUUAGGGGGGAGAAAGAAUAGACAGAGUGACUAGGGAUUGGACCCUGAACCUGGGGGACGGGAAAGUCAAAAAAUCAAAAAGGGAAAAGCAGAGGGAGAAUCGUCGAAGAAAGCUUCCAAGAGCGGAUGAGGUAUCCAUGCCAAGCCCCC